AGUCGCCCGUAGACCUCCCCGCACCCGCGCCAUGCUCGCUACACAACCGAAUUACAUAAUAUCAUAACCUAAUGAUGUGCUAAAAACGUGUACGAAAUCAAACGGUUCAAUCAAGUGUUGUAAUAACAAAGUGCGGAUUGUCUGACGCGUUGACGCCGCGCUGAUGUCCCGGCGUGUGCGGUCGAUGAAAUAGCCCUCGAGAGAUGAAACGGAGACGGUGCGUCGGUCUCGCUCCCGCGCGUGUCUUGUGGUGACAGUGCAGUGAGACAAGAUGUCUUCGGACGCCGUCGCCGCGAUGCGUUGCGCGCUCUUUUGUCUUCUAUCUUUUUUCUUAAAUCACAAUCUCGCUUUCGUCCUCGAUAAGCAGAAUCCGUACUCGCAGUUUCGAAAAUGGAAUGCCGGUUUGAACGGGACACUGGAACUUGAGUUUAAAACGGACCAGCCUAACGGUCUGUUGUUGUAUACGGACGAUAGUGGUACUUAUGACUUUUUUGAGUUGAAGCUCGUGAAUGGUGCGUUGAGGUUGAGGUAUAACCUGGGAGGGGGGGCGCAGAUUAUCACAGUCGGCAAUAAUCUCAACGAUGGACACUGGCACAAAAUACAGGUGGCGCGGCGCGACGAGCACACGUCGCUGGGCGUGGACGGCGCGGCGCUGAGCAAGGCGUCGCGCGGGAAGGAGUUCGCAUUCGGACGGUUCACCACCAACUCCGACGUGUUCGUGGGGGGGAUACCGCCGUCGUACAACUCGAAGCUGACCACCCUCGCGCUGCCGUCCGUGAUCUUCGAGCCGAAGUUCCGCGGCGCCGUGCGCAACCUCGUGUACUCCGACCUGCCGGGGCAGCCGCCGCGCCGCCAGGAACUGCGCCACUCCAGGGACCUCAAGUCGUCUCGCUCCGGCAACGCGAGCGGCGAUGCGUGCGAGCGGCGCGACCCGUGCCAGCACGGCGGCGUCUGCAUCAGCACGGACGACGGGCCGGUCUGCGAGUGUCGUGAUGCUGAUUAUGAGGGCGCCUUCUGUGAACGAGACAAGGCGCCGUCAGAAGCGACGUUCCGCGGCGCGGAGUUCCUGUCGUACGACCUGACGCAGACCGGCGGCGAGCCCAUCGUCAGCACGCAGGACACCAUCUCGCUCUACUUCAAGACAAGACAGCCGAACGGACUGCUGUUCUAUACCGGCCACGAGGCAGACUACCUGAACCUGGCGGUGCGCGACGGCGGCGUGUCCCUCACCAUGGGGCUGGGGAACGGCAAGCAGGAGAUGCACAUCAAGCCCGCCAAGACGCGCUUCGACGACCACCAGUGGCAUAAACUGACUGUUCAUAGGAGGAUUCAGGAGAUCACUCCAUUUACGAGCUUCUGUCGGGUAUCAGCAAUAGUAGACGACGUGUACUGGUCGCGCGCGCACGCGGCAGGCGGCUUCACUCUGCUGGCGAGCUCGCGCGCGCACGUGGGGGGGUCCCUCAACGCACGGGCCCUGCCCGGAGCCAGGGUGCACACCAACUUCGUGGGCUGCUUGAAGAAGGUGGAAUUCUCCGCCGACACGCUCCGCCUGAACCUCAUAGACCUGGCGCGGACGGGCAGCAAGCUGAUCGCGGUCACCGGGCGCCUGGAGUACGCCUGCACGGCUGUGGACUCCGCUGACCCCGUCACCUUCACCACCAGGGACGCGCAUUUGAUCCUGCCAAAAUGGGAAGCGGUGAAGAUGGGCACGAUAUCGUUCAAAUUUCGAACAAACGAACCGAAUGGAUUGAUUCUUUUCAAUAUGGGCGCCAAGCCACCAAGGGCUGACCUCUUCGCCGUGGAGAUGCUAAACGGCUACAUCUACGUGCACAUGGACCUCGGCUCGGGCGGCGUGCGGGUGCGGGCGUCGCGGCGGCGGGUGGAUGACUCGCAUUGGCAUGAGUUCCUGUUGCGACGGACUGGGAGGGAUGGGAGAGUGACCGUGGAUGGCGCUAAUGCUGAGUUCAAGACGCCUGGUGAAUCAAACCAGCUCGAGCUGGACGGCUCUUUAUUCGUGGGCGGCCUCGGCUCCGAGUAUUCGGCGUCUCGGACUCCGCCCGCCCUGUGGACCGCCGCCCUCAGGCAGGGCUUCGUGGGGUGCAUGAGGGAACUGGUGUUGAAUGGGAAGCCACAGGAUCUGACGGCGUACGCUAGGCAACAGGAUUCUGCGUCAGUGCGUCCAGCGUGCCACGUGCUGAUGAAGCAGUGUGUCAGCUCGCCCUGCCAGCACGGGGGCUCGUGCUACGAGGGCUGGAACCGGCCGCUGUGCGACUGCUCCUCGACUAACUAUGGAGGACCUACUUGUGGAAGAGAAUCGCCAACAAUCUACCUGAACGGCAGCCAGCACCUGACCGCGACCUUCGGGCCGGAGCACCAGACGCAGACCGAGGAGCUGAUGCUGCGGUUCAAGUGCACGAAGGCGGGUCUACUGCUGCGGACCAGUAGCGACCACUCGGCGGACCGGAUCGAGCUGAGUGUCGCCGCGGGGAGGGUCAGGGCGUCGGUUAGACUGGCUGAUAGGGAGAAGAACCUCCUAGCCGGUUCGAACGUGGCCGACGACAACUGGCACACGGUUCGUUUCUCGCGGCGCGCGUCCAACUUGAAGCUGCAGGUGGACGGGGCGCAGCCCGUGCGCGGUAUGUUGUCUGAGACUAUUUUAGGGAAAGCAUCCACUUUAGAGAUUUCAAGCCUACAUCUCGGUGGGUUGUUCCAUCCGGAGGAAGAAAUCCAGAUGACAUCGACGUUGCCAAAUUUCGUUGGCUACAUUCAAAAGUUCGUCUUCAACGGAAUCAAGUACUUGGAUCUGGCCAAAAACGUAGCGAUGGAUCCUGAUGAGAACAACAACAUUUACGAGUCCUCUAACAUAGCAUUUACUGGAAAAUUCGUGAAACCAGAUGGGCUGAACGUUUACAAAGCUGUUACAUUCAAAUCUAAACACACGUACGUUGGACUACCGUUAUUGAAGGCAUACGCAAAUACGUACUUGGACUUUUACUUCCGAACGACAGAAAUGGAUGGCCUUUUAUUUUACAAUGGAGGGAAAAAGCAAGACUUCAUAGCCGUUGAGUUGGUCAACGGGCACAUCCACUGCGUUUUCAAUUUGGGAGACGGUGUAGUCACCAUGAAGGAUAAGUUGGAGAAUUUCUUGAACGAUAAUCGAUGGCACACUGUGUCAGUAAGGAGACCUACACCGAAGAUUCAUACGCUACAGGUUGAUGAUGACUUAGAAGUACAUUCUACAAGUUCAAACCUCAUGCUGGAGUUAGACAGCAUCCUGUUCGUGGGAGGUGUACCAAAGGACAUGUACACCAACUUACCCGUGGGCGUUCUAUCACGUCAAGGGUUCGAGGGAUGCAUCGCCAGUCUGGACCUGCCUGGGGAGUCUCCGUCUCUGAUGGAAGAUGCCGUGGUGCCGAGUUCGUCGCUCAUGUCUGGAUGUGAAGGUCCAACGAAAUGCACCCACAAUGCGUGUGCAAACAAAGGAGUGUGUGUGCAGCAGUGGAACACCUACGCUUGCGACUGUGAUCUGACGUCGUUCACCGGACCUACUUGUUAUGAUGAAUCAAUCGCCUACGAGUUCGGCCCCGGCCGCGGCAUCAUCACGUACACGUUCCCGCCCAGCGCCGUCGCGGACACGGAGGCGGACCGGCUCGCGCUCGGGUUCCUCACCAGCAAGGCUGAUGCUGUGUUGUUGAGGAUCGAGUCUUCCAAUACACAGGACUAUCUGCAGAUGGAGAUUAUCCGCGGCAACGUGUUCACAGUCUACAACGUGGGCGGCGGCGACCACCCCCUAGGCGACGAGGCAGCCAGGGUCGAUGAUGGAGCCUACCACGUGCUGCGCUUCACGAGGAACGGCAGCCAGGCCGCGCUGCAGCUCGACAACUACGCGGUUAAUAUACGACAUCCACAAGGAGGCCAACAAUCAACAAUCUUCAACAGCAUGUCAACCAUAACAGUCGGCGGCGGGGCGGGCGGCGCGCGCUCGUUCAGCGGCGUCAUGGCGGGGCUGGUGGUGAACGGAGUCCGGGUGCUGGACCUGGCGGCUAGUGGGGACCCCGCCGUGUCUGUCAGAGGAGACGCCAGGCGGGCUUCUAGUCCGUUGGAUAGGGAUAUUAAUCGGAUGCAGCAGACGCCACCAUCAGGCUACGCGGGCCCGGGCGUGAUGGACGAGCUGGUGUACUCCGGCGCGGGCUCCGGCUGCCGCGACGACGACGAGGACGCGUGUGUGUUGCCUGAUGCAGGAUCUGGAGAUGACCUGAUCACGCCCGUUUAUGUACCGUCGACGAGACGACCGCCUUCUAGGGGAGGGUAUAAGGGCGAUACAAGUGGAAAACUUAUGAAGCCAUGUGAUGAUGAAGACUGCAUCGAGGGUUCGGGAUCCAGUGGCGAGGACGUCACUGAACCAGACCAUCCCACUACUACAUCCGGAGCCAGUUCGACCCACAGCAUGACCUCCAUAACCACAGCGGGCAUCAGUUCGACCCACCACGAGGAGAAGGCCGUCAGCUCGACCACCGUCGACCUGACCACCGGGGGGCGUCCCACGGACAGACAGACCACCGCGCCCGACCACGACAACAUGCACGCCGGGACUCAUCCUGUGGCAGGCGAGGAGAAAAGGACUACGCCUAUUGAUGAAAAUACCUACACCGAGCAUCAAUACACACCCACCGUCACUAAACACACUCCAGACGAAAGCACUCACACGACAGAAGAAGAAAUCCACCACAUCCCAGAGUACGAAGACAGGCAUGAGCACGAGAACGAGAUAGAUACACGAACGUCCACUUACGAGCUCGAGGGAGAGCAGGACAGAAUACCCGGGAAAGUCCAUCCUGACUACAACGGGUUUGAGCACGAUACUUCUACGAAGUGGUAUCACCCGAAGACGACGGAUAACAGGGUUGUGCCGCCUGAGUCGGAGUUCUUUGCUACUAUUGUUGGCAUCGUAGCCAGCGUGCUCAUCGCCAUCAUCCUGGUGGUGAUCAUCGUGCUGAAGUACGUGGUGUUCCGGCUCGACCCCUCGUACAAGGUCACCGAGGGGAAGGGCUACCAGCAGGGGGCCAGCGCGGCGCUGUUGGGCAACCAGGCCCAUUCAAGCUAUCAGAGUGGAGCAGGAGCCCCAACAGGCGGUGCAGUGAGGAACCUUCAACCUUUACCACUGAACCGGAACGGAUCAACACCAUCCGCCCCUCUGCCCACGCAGCCGACCAAGCGAGACGGCAUCAAGGAGUGGUACGUCUAAACCGCGAGCGAGACAAGGACAAACAUAGAUCCCGUUGUUACACCUGUGAAGUGACUCGGACAUAUCAUUCGAUCGUAGGUAGUUCCAACGCAAACUCAAGUAGUAUUGUUUCCCGCUUUAAUCCUCUUUACCUCGCAAAUGGUAAAUAAAAUUUGAUUAAUGAAAAUGCAAAGAAUCUUGAUAGAUAUGAUGAGCUCUUUCAUGUUUGUGAAGAGCUUCUAGUUGUAAAUGAAAUCAAUUUGAAAGAAAGGAAACAAUUUUGAAACGCUAAAAUCAAUAUUUUUUCUAGUAAUAAAUUGCAGUUUUUUUGCGCUUAAGGAUGACGAAAAGAGAAGUGAAGCAGUCAAUUUACCACAAACGUUAGCAAUAUAUGCAGUGGAAAUUAAAAAAGCGUUGUUGAGAGAUCAGCGAGUAUUAUCUUAUUUGCUAUGAAACGUUAAGGGAAUAAAGUAAGAGAAGAUAUUAUACUGACUGAUUCGCAAAAUGUUUAGUGUAAAUAAUUAUUGUUAUGUCAUAGUAAAAGUGAGUGGUCCUAAUAAAUUCAUUAAAGAUCUAAUGGUAACCUUGGAAUUGCAUUAAUACCUAAUACUAAACUUAAUGAAAAAACAUAUGCAGCAAGAAUGGGGAUGCAGAAAACUUGAGUGUUCAUUGUAAAAAAUAUUGGAGAAAACUAAAUUAUUUAUUUAUUUGGGUUAGAAAUUGAAUUCUUGUUGAGUUUAUUUACAUUUGUUAUCUGUCUUUGACACUGUUGAUAAUGUCAUACCCUUCGCUUCUUCGUCAACUACUCUUUCAUACUGUUUCAUCUAUUUGCAAUUUGACACUACUUUCUAACUUGCCUUUAAAUAGUUUAACUUUAACUAAGAUUAGAAGAACUUUUGCAACAACUUCCAUUAUGUGCAAUUAUUGAUUCGGUUUAUUGAUCGGUUUAGCUGAUCAAUGAUUGCACAAGGAGUAAGUGUAAAAUGUUUCUGAGUACAUAAGGCGAAAUCACUGACAAAUAUUUGGCUGCCACCUUGAAAAUGAAGCAUAUCCUUCUAUUGAAGACUACAAUACCUUUACAAUUUCAAUAUCUCUUUCCUAUAUUUAUUAGAUCUUAUACAAUAUUUUUAUUAUUAGAUCCAAUACGGGGAUGGGUGUAGUUGAUUUAGGAAAAGAAAUCAUAAUCAUACGAUGUCAAGGGUGAAGUUAGAGUGUUAGAUACUUCGGCGAGAUGUAUAUUGUAGAUCGCAGAACGAGGUAUGAGCUUGUAUCGUAGAUUUGAUAUCAAAAUAUGUUAGAUUCAUUUCACAUAUAAUUUUGUUUUGUGUUGAUUGCUCAAAUCUGGCAUUUAUUAUUUCAUAAUUAUUAUUAAUAAUAGAUAAUUGUAUCUUAGAUCUCCGUAACAUAAAUCAAAGUAAUCAUUAAAAGAGAAGAAUAAUAGGUAAUGGUCAGGAUGGUAUUUAUUUUAUUAUUUAAUGUUACUGUAUACGGAAUCAUUUAUUGUGAUCUAUAAUUAUCUGAACCCCGAUUAUUUCUCCAUACAUAUUUAUGAAUGAAACUGCUUAAAUUUAAAUUUAAAAUAGUGUGUAUACACCGUCCCAAUUUCCUCUCUCAGAUAAAAAAUAAUCUUUUUUAAAAUUAGCUUUAAAACGAAUAAAAUACAUAUUUAUAUAGAUAUUGUUAUGGAGCACAGGUUUUAGGUAUUUGAGGUUGCAUUUAUUGUAAAUAGUUAACAAUAUAAUUAAUUAUUGAUAAUUAUAAUAAAUUAAGAUCGUAUCGUGUAAUACUGUAACACUCGUUUUAUGGCACAAAAUGUUAGAGUCUGCAAUUGGUUUGUCAUUGUCAGUCAAUUUUUAGUCAAUAAUUAUGUAUGUUAUUAUUAGUCAAAAUAAUUAUGUUAAUCGAGGGAUUUUUAUGUGAUCUGACCUAAUAAGUAUUUUUUCAAACCUACAUCUUGUUUGUUGUUAUAUUAUUUCGAUGCGUUACCUGUUAUUAUUUAUAUUUCACGUGACCACAUAAAAAUCCGUUGAAAUACAGUAGUAAAUUUAUAUCGCAUUUCACAUUAUUUUGCAUUUUUCGUUUUUAUACUUUUUUUUCUUUCUCUAUUAAGAUGUACCUACCUUACUAAUUACGUUGGUAUUAUGCAAAUGUAAAGUAACGAUUCUAGUACCUAUGUGUGAUUUAUUUACCUUUGAAUGUUGCGUAGUUUUUUACAUGGAGUAGCAUGACGCAUAAAGAUACAAGUUGCCAGCUAAAAUUAAUAUUACUUAUAUCGCAUACCAGUGUUAAACCAUCAUCGGUGGAUUUGCCUUCAAAUAUACAUACGCUUAUCACAAUUGUAGGGAUAUCUAUCAAACAAAUAGCCUUCUCGUUGUGAGUGUAUUUGGUGGUACUUUUAUCAAACACCCUGUGUUUAAAAACUAAAAGGUCACCUUUCUUUUAAGGGCAUGAUCAGGGCAUUUAUCAGGUCUUUCUGGCAAAUUCAUCAAUGGGUUAAAUCACUGAUAGCGGCCCUGUACCAUGAUAUUUUAAAUCGAUACCUCCACCUACAGCCUUGUUGGAAAUCUGAAUAAAAUCGUUUCUUAGCUGUAUUAGAACCAACUUAGCGUCACAAAAAGAUCGCGGUACGGGGCAGUAAGUAGUUUAUGUAACUAACUAACUAGUAAGUGAUUAAACAAUAACCGAAUUACUUUGUUUUAAGUUAAGUUGUAUUAAACACGUACUUACAGCUGUCCCGCGACUCUUGGGCGGACCAAGUUUCAGUUCAGACGACAGAUUUUGAAAUAAUAAACUAUAUUCUGUAAAUUAUAA